AUGAAUUUUAUAAAGUCAAUUUUCUCAAAACCAUCAUUAACCAUAUAACAAUAGAAACCAAAGAAUUAGAAUUCUGAUUUUUCAAUACUUGAUCCACAAUUUACAUAAGUAAGAUUAAGGGAUGCAAAAUUAUUAAUAAAAGAUAUGAAGAAAUUAGAAUAAGUUGUUAAUUAUCAACCUGAAUCAAUUAAUGAACAAUUAAAAAAAUGUUAUGCUUUACAUAUUAUUUUGAGCAGUGAUUAAUAUUAAGCUAUAGACAAAGUAGUGAUGUGUUGUGAAAAAAAUCAUGUAAAUAAUAUAAUAAAAUAGAGAUCAAACCAGUUGUAUAAAAUACAUAAGCUAAAACAGCAGUUACUACUAAUAUUAAUUAAACUUGUUAAAUUAUGUCAGAUUAAUAAAUGAUUGCUACAUAAUUUUAGAAUUCUAUGUACCUUAAUGUAUCUGAUGUAAUCAAUAAUUUAUAUUUAUUUAGUAAUUAUAACAUUAUGAGCAAAUUCAUUAAAAUGAAUCUGAAUUUAUGAACAUCUAUUUCAAUUACAUAUAAAGAGUUACUCAAAAUUCAGAUGUCUAUAAUUCUUGUAAAUUCCAUUAAUACCCAUAUUAAGAUGAAACUUUUAAUAGAAAAUUGUAAUUUGUUUGGCUUUUUAAAAUAAUAAAUAUGCUUAAUUUUAAAUUUGGUUUUUUACCAUAUCUACAAUUCUCAUUUAAUCAUAAAACAUAGAAUUCAUUCAUUAUCAGAGAUAUUGCCUAUUUAAUCUAUAAAGAUUGUUUAUUGGAAUAUGGUUUUUUAAGAAAUGAAAUCACAGAUAUGAUUGAAUCAUAUUCAUAAUUUUAGGUUAGAGAUUGUAAAUCUAAUAUAAUUUAUUUUAGCUCUACAAUUUUAUGAAUUAAUAGUGAUCAUGCUUGAAAUUAAUAAAAAAAUGAAAAUAUUCUAUGAAAUGAGAUAAUAAUUUGCAUUAAAUUCUUCAUCUGUAAGAGAUGUUAAAUGGUUUGUUAUUGAAAAAAAACAAUUAAUUGAAAUAGAAAAUUUUAUUUCCAAAGUUAAAUUGCUAAACACUGCUUAAUUCAAAAAAAGUUUAAUGGUGCCAACUUAAAAAAAUGUUAUGGAGAAUCUACAAAAAGUUAUGAUGGAUCCAUCACUAAUGGAAAAUUCAUUUCUUAAAGUAUUUAUAAUUUAUUAUUUUAUAGGAACCAACAACUGCUAAAAAUAUUAAAAAAAUAAAUGAGCUCCUUUAUUCCCCCUUAAAUUCUAAAUAAAUCAAAAUAUCAAAUCAUUCGAGAUAAUUAUCAAAAAAUUGA